CGACGAGAACUCAGGCGAGGUGCUCGCGUCGGAACAAGCCGGGCUUGUGGUCGAGGGAGCGAGAGCGAGGCAGCGCCGUCGUCGCCGAGGCAAGAGCGGCAUCGACAAGUUGGCCCGUCGCCUCUCGCUCCCUCUUCUCCUCCUCCCACCACCACCUUUCUCCAGCUCGAAUCAUGUCUGCUGGUACUGGAUCCGUCAACGUCGGCAUCAACGGCUUCGGCCGCAUUGGCCGCAUCGUCCUCCGCAACGCCAUCGAGCACGGUGACGCCAAGGUCGUCGCCAUCAACGACCCGUUCAUCGACCUUGAGUACAUGGUCUACAUGUUCAAGUACGACUCGACCCACGGCCGCUUCAAGGGCGACGUCUCGACCAAGGACGGCAAGCUCAUCGUCGACGGCCACGCCAUCGACGUCUACAACGAGAAGGACCCGGCCUCGAUCCCCUGGGGCAAGUCGGGCGCCGACUACGUCGUCGAGUCGACCGGUGUCUUCACGACCAAGGACAAGGCCGGCCUCCACCUCAAGGGCGGCGCCAAGAAGGUCGUCAUCUCGGCCCCGUCGGCCGACGCCCCGAUGUACGUGUGCGGCGUCAACCUCGACAAGUACAACUCGGCCGACACGGUCAUCUCGAACGCGUCGUGCACGACCAACUGCCUCGCGCCGCUCGCCAAGGUCAUCAACGACAAGUUCGGCAUGAAGGAGGGCCUCAUGACGACCGUCCACGCCACGACCGCGACCCAGAAGACGGUCGACGGCCCGUCGGCCAAGGACUGGCGCGGUGGCCGUGGCGCUGCCGCCAACAUCAUCCCCUCGUCGACCGGUGCCGCCAAGGCCGUCGGCAAGGUCAUCCCGGACCUCAACGGCAAGCUCACCGGCAUGGCGUUCCGCGUCCCGACUGCCGACGUCUCGGUCGUCGACCUUACGUGCCGCCUCGAGCGCGGCGCGUCGUACGACGAGAUCAAGGCGGCGAUCCGCGAGGCGGCCAACGGCCCGCUCAAGGGCAUCCUCGAGUACACCGAGGACGCCGUCGUUUCGACCGACUUCAUCGGCUCGACCUCGUCGUCCAUCUUUGACGCGUCGGCCGGCAUUGCCCUCAACGACAACUUUGUCAAGCUCAUUUCGUGGUACGACAACGAGUACGGCUACUCGCGCCGUGUCGUUGACCUCCUUGUCUACAUUGCCAAGAAGGACGCCGAGUCGGCCAAGCUCUAAACGGCUCGCCCACACCCCUUUCCUCUCUCUCUCUCCCUCCCGCUGUCGCCGCUGCAGCGCCUCCGUACCCCCCUCGCCUUGCCGUCUGUCCUCGAAAACAAGAAGCAGUUGGUCUCGCAUUG